AUGGCGUCUUUGAGGAUUACACGCCAGAAUUCCAUCAAGGUGAUGGAAACCGAUGAUCAGGAUGCUAGAGUCACAGCGUUGAACGGUUACGACUGGCCCGUUGCUCUUCCGAAGAAUAUCCACGAAGCAGAUCUUCCUAUGCGCGACAUAUCUUUUCAAGCUGUAUGGACAGUUUCCAGCUGUAAGUCAGAAGGUAAUGGCGUACACGAGCUUUUGCACGACAGUGUUGACAAGUACUGGCAAAGCGACGGCCCUCAACCGCAUACAGUCACGAUAGAAUUUCCGAGGAAAACGGACAUUUGUUUUGUCAUGAUGUAUCUGGAUUUUAAAAAUGAUGAAUCCUACACGCCAAGCAAGAUAAUUGUUCACCUUGGUUCGUCAUUGGUUCAUCUCGAUGAUGGUCUUCCUGUAGAAUUCAACGAACCUACAGGCUGGCAGCUGAUAGACUUACGAUCGAGGAGGACGAAUAGACCUUCGCGAGCGAUGGUGAUACAGUUGCAAGUAGUGCAUAAUCAUCAAAAUGGUCGCGAUACUCAUAUAAGGCAUAUUCGUGUGUUGGGUCCAAGCAGGUCUCGCUUUGUUGCGCAUGAUCGUCUUCAUGUAGGCCGACCGGGAGCAGUGGAUGACUUUGUUUUGCCACCAGUUUCAGAUCUCAAUAAGCUAAUCAGUAAUUCAAGAGUUCCUCCCGAAUCUUACUACGAUUUUUUGAUAGAACUUCAAAAAUAA